AAUCAGCAUUGAAGCAUCGUCGCCCUCGUCAGACAGGCAAAGACGAAAAGGAAGAAGGAAUUGCCUGACCUGACCUGACCAGACCAGACCACAUCAUCUGCUUCAAUCGAUUCAUACGCUUUCCCCUUCCACCAAUCUUGCCUUCUUCCGUCGCCCCUCGCCGAUGAAUUUGUAAAUCCAUCGGCGACGCUCAUUUCUGUAUUCAAUUCAAUUGAUUGAAUUCAAUUCGAUUUUUCUUUUUUUUUUUUUUACGCUGGAAGGGGAAGCAAUGCAGAGCCAGAUCGUGUGCAGCGGCUGUCGGAAUCUUCUUAUGUACCCGAGCGGGGCGUCCAAUGUGUGCUGCGCUUUGUGUAAUGCCAUAACCACAAUUACUCCGCCAGGAAUGGAGAUGGCUCAACUUAUAUGCGGUGGCUGUCGCACCUUGUUGAUGUAUCCGCGCGGCGCUACAAGUGUACGAUGCUCGUGCUGUCACACUGUAAACCUCGCGCCAGCAUCAAAUACUGCUCACAUCAACUGCGGAAAUUGUCACACCAUGCUGAUGUACCCUUACGGCGCCCCAUCUGUCAAAUGUGCCCUUUGCCAGUAUGUCACAAAUGUGAAUAUGGGAAAUGUUAGAGUCCCGAUUCCUAUGAAUAGGCCAAAUGGACCGGCCACAUCAGCAUCGACACCUUCAAGCUCAGCAGCACCACAGACCUCACAAAACCAAACUGUUGUUGUUGAAAAUCCGAUGUCUGUCGAUAAGAGUGGAAAACUGGUGAGCAAUGUUGUUGUGGGCGUAACCACCGACAAAAAGUGAAGCAGCAAGAGCCGUCGAGGGAAUAUCAGCAACCAGGAAGUUGUUUGAGUGUUUGGCAUUUUGAGUAGGGAUGAGAGGUGUGCAUAUCCAGCGAGAAUGUAUGUUUAUCUACCUAUCGAUCGCAAUUACUGCUUCCUAUAUCAUUGGUGUUGUUUGUCUGUUCGUCAUCGAGAAUAUUGACAUAUCUUCAAGUGUAUGCUAAUAUGGAUGGAUGGAUCGAUCUCUGCCUGUUAUCGUUGUGUGUGUGGGAUGAUGCUGUUCAGUAUGCUGUGGUCUGAUUGCACAGCGAAAAUAACUGAAAGUUUGUUUUUAUUCGAUCCUUGAGAAAUGAAUAUACAGUAAAGUAUGCUCUUUUUACUCUUC